CAGUACCCAGGCCAAUGGGUAAUGCAGUGCAAACACUUUCCACUAGCAAACCAUUCAGCAUUUUCUAAACAGCUAAAACAAUACAGUGAGCUUCACAAUAAGGCCAGCUUUCACACUGACAGCAGGGACAGCUCUGGAGAAGGGUGGUGCUGCAACAGGCGACCAAUAGAGAUAUAUAUAUAUACAGCUUUCUACGUGGUCUGCUGUUCCGGGAGAGCUCCCAUUCACCCUCAGCACACACACACCUGCUGCAAAUGAGUUCUUCAUAAGGCAUACAGACUGGAUCAGAACCAGACCUUGACCGUGCUGCAGGCUCAGGACUACCAUGCUGCCCCGCUCUGCAUCCUGUGUGUGCCAUGUGUUUGUGUUGGUGCUGUGUCUGUCUUCGGCUGAGGACUUCGACUGGACAAAGAACGAGCACGGCUCCUUCUAUUAUGGCACUUUUCCAGCUGGAUUUUCGUGGGGUGCCGGCAGUUCAGCCUAUCAAACAGAGGGAGCCUGGGACAAAGAUGGAAAAGGACUGAGCAUCUGGGACGUGUUCAGUCAUAAGAAAGGCAAAAUCCAACAAAAUGAUACCGGGGACUCGUCUUGUGAGGGCUACCACAAAGUCAAGGAUGAUGUGUCUCUGAUGAAGGAGCUGAAGCUUAACCACUAUCGCUUCUCCAUAUCCUGGCCCAGACUCAUCCCUACUGGCAUUAAGUCUGACCAUAUAAAUGAAAGAGGAAUACAGUACUAUGAUGAACUGAUUGACCACCUGCUGGAGAACAAGAUCACUCCCAUUGUUACUCUGUACCACUGGGAUCUUCCACAGGUCUUACAAGAGAAAUAUGGUGGAUGGCAGAACAUAAGCAUGGUCAACCAUUUCAAUGAAUUUGCUAACCUGUGCUUUGAAAGAUUUGGCAACCGAGUCAAGUACUGGAUGACUUUCAACAACCCAUGGUCUGUAGCAGUUGAAGGCUACGAGACGGGUGAGCAUGCUCCUGGACUGAGGCUGAGAGGAACAGGGGCGUACAGAGCUGCUCAUCACAUAAUCAAGGCACAUGCUAAAGUUUGGCACACUUAUGACACACAAUGGAGGGGGAAACAAAAAGGUCUUGUCGGCGUCUCUCUGUCUGGAGACUGGGGAGAGCCGGUGGACAUCAGCAACCAGAAAGACAUUGAAGCAGCUGAGAGGUACGUCCAGUUCUACCUGGGCUGGUUCGCCACACCCAUCUUCCACGGAGACUACCCUCAAGUGAUGAAAGACUUCGUUGGAAGGAAGAGUGUCCAACAAGGCCUCGGGACGUCUCGCCUGCCCACAUUUUCCCCCCAGGAGAAGAGCUACAUCAAGGGGACCUGUGACUUCCUCGGCAUCGGCCACUUUACCACCCGCUACAUCACCCAGAAGAACCACCCGUCAGGUCGCAGCACCAGCAGCUACUUCACUGACCGUGACCUGGCUGAGCUGGUUGACCCACGGUGGCCUGACCCCGGCUCUGAGUGGCUCUACUCCGUGCCUUGGGGUUUCAGACGUCUGCUCAAUUUUGUCAAGUCUCAGUAUGGAAACCCAAUGAUUUAUGUGACCGAGAACGGAGUCUCUGAGAAGAUGUUAUGCACAGAGCUGUGUGAUGAGUGGAGGAUACUGUAUUAUAAAGACUACAUCAAUGAGAUGCUGAAAGCUAUCAAAGAUGGAGUCAAUGUGAAGGGCUACACCGCAUGGUCCCUGCUGGACAAGUUUGAGUGGGACGAAGGCUACUCCGAGAGGUUCGGCUUGUACUAUGUGGACUUCAGGAACAAAAACAAGCCUCGCUAUCCCAAAGCGUCUGUUCAGUUUUACAAACGCAUCAUCAGCUCCAAUGGAUUUCCCAAUCAGAGAGAGGUUGAAAACUGGAGGAGGAAGGCUGUUGAGAUGUGUUCCUCCAGCAACCAGCUGCUAGCUGCAGAGGAACAGCGGAGUACUGCUGCCAAUAUUCUAAGACUUAUACAUGACCCUUUGACCAGCCACAUGGAGAUGGUAACUGAGAUCGUUGUUCCCACCGUGUGCACGCUCUCUAUUUUGCUCAGCGCCGUCUUCCUCAUGUUCCUGCUGCGGAGGCGCAACUAGACAGUGUGCAUGUUUACAAUCAUCAAUAGACACAUAUACACGAGCUAUACACACACACACAUAUUGUAAGUACAUCAUUUCUUUAAUGGCUCAUGUGUGAACAUAAAUACUUUUAAAUGAUUUGAACUGAAUUUCAGGAGAAUUAGUGACUUCAUUAAUUUGAUGUGCAUAAAUUGUUUGCUGUAAAAAUAUUGGUUUAGCCUUUUUAUAAUGAAUUUAGUACCAGAUACUCAAACAGUGUGUGGUGCAACAUGUUGGAUUUUCUUAUUACAAUACUGCUGUGGAAUAUUACCAUUGCAAACAGCACUUGUAAUCUAUUGUACUGUUGUGUUUUGAGUUGUUCAGCAAAAAAACGCUUCAAAAUCUUUCAACUGCUAUAUUGAAUAUAAAAAAAAUCAGCAAAUGUGAUAAUAAAGAUGCAAUCAGAAAACCCAUGACAGCGUCACAGAACGGACUGAAAUUUUAUUCAAAACAUUUGACACAAAUAGAG